UCCAGCGGAGAAAACAAGGUACAGAACUGUCACUCACCUCCACACUGACAUCUCCCCUAUCGCCAGUACGGGAAACUUAGGCAGCAGGGAAUGCCCAAAACCACCCCCCUGUCAUGUAUAUAGACUGCGCUCCAGCAGUCUCUUCCACCCCUCACCCACCAAAUUCUUGGACGAGGAAGACAGACUCGUGUAGUUUCUCCUCCUCCUAUUCGCGCCUCUCGUGAACCCAGUGCUGGAGUCGAAGCCCAUCGCUGCCAUGGGAAACUGCAGUAGAAAGCACCAGGGAGUCUUCUGCUUCUCCGCCUCGAGUUUGGACGACGAGGCGAACGCGUACAGAGGCGACGUAAACCCGGAGUCGCCCCACUACUUACGAUGGCGCCACCACCGACGGGUUGUCGCCAAGAUCUUGGGGUCGUCGGCGGUCUCUGCCUUGAAGCGAAGCAAUAGGAAGAGGAAAGAGUCGAGGCAACCGUCGUCGCAGAAGGGAUCGGAUUCAACGGAUGACGACGACCGGAAGACGGCGUCGAUUCUUUCCACCUCCGUCUCCUCUAACUCAUCGUUUUUCUCUAUCGCGUCCUCGCCAUCCUUCCGCUCCACUCCGGACGCCACGGAGCAGAAGCCCCAGCGAAAGCAGGCACCGCAGCCCGUGGGGCCGGAGCUGAGGAAGACCCCAUCGGGGGGGCCGGUGAGCACUUCCGAUUCGGGCAUUGCAAUCUUUCUACUCAUCGGGAGCCUGGUGGUGAUGGUAUUCUGGGGGAGAUUCUUGGCGAUCCUGUGGACGUCGUCGUGGCUCUUCUUCAUUGCUUGUUGGUGCUAUGCACGCGGAACGGCUGCGGCGGCGGCCAUCAAGCAAGUGGACGAGUGUACACUGACCACAGAGCUCCGGCGGAGGUGGACGGAAGAGGCGGAGGAGAAGAAGCGGGUCGUCCGACGAGGCCUCUUGGAAAGAAGCCGAAGGAUUUGACUAUAACAAGAUAAAGAAAAGAAGAUAUUUAAGAAAAAAAAUUACUAUAAUUAUGAUAGUUUUAGUUCCUUUUAAGUAUGAUCCAUAUGAGAUCUGAUGGUGGUGUGUUUUGAUCCACCCAUU